GCCUAGCCUAACAAAGAAAAAACAAAAUCACACAGCAUCCAAUUUUAUUCACACUUGAAAGCCACUCUUCCCAAAGAAGCAAAGCAAAAUGGCACUCAGCAACAAUGUGAUCGGAGGCAUAAACCUAGUGGCGGUGAUACUCUCAAUCCCCAUAAUCGGCGCCGGCAUAUGGCUAACAAACGAGCCAGCAGACUCGUGCGUGAAGGGCAGGUCUGGUCGGAGCCUUCUUCAGGAUCCCCUGCCUCCUUAUAUCGUACCUGGUAGCCAUGCUCGUGCUCAUAGUGUUGCUGGUCAUCAUGGUGGUGUUUGUGUACAUGGUCACCAUUCGUGGCCAUGGAGUGAUAGAACCCAACCGUGCUUACUUGGAGUACCAUCUGGACGAUUUCUCUUCGUUCCUAAGAAGACGGGUGAGAAGCUCCUUCAAAUGGGACCAGAUCAGAGCCUGCCUUAGCUCCAGUAACAUGUGUGCCGACCUCAAUCAGAGAUUCCGAAUGCCUCAGGAUUUCUUCAACGCACAUCUUACACCAAUGCAGUCAGGGUGUUGUAAGCCCCCAACACUAUGUGGGUACACGUUUGUGAAUCCAACGUAUUGGAUAAGCCCGAUAAACAGUGCGGAGGACAUGGAUUGCCUUCAGUGGAGCAACGACCAAACACAACUUUGCUAUGCGUGUGACUCCUGCAAGGCUGGUUUGUUGGCUCAUCUCAGGAAGGAGUGGAAGAGGGCCAAUGUCAUUUUGAUCAUCUCCAUCGUUGCAUUAAUCAUCAUAUAUUUGGUUGGCUUUUGUGCUUUUAGAAAUGCUAACACUGAGGAUCUCUUCCGCAGAUACAAACAAGGCUACACUUAGAACAUCAUGUUACUAUUUACUCUUUCUAUUAGUUGCUAGCAUUUGUGUUGAUUCGAACUUGAGAGUUGAAAACUGAUGCAAAAGGUUUCAAGGGCUCGGCUAGAUUUGCGGAGAGCACCGAAAGCUUCAUGUCUCGGGAUUCCCAAUAUGUCUAUCAUUAUUAGCAAGUAACUUUUAAUGGAGCUUCUUCACGUGUUGUCCUAAGCUUUAUCCAAGCCAUUAACUGUUUUAAGUCUGAUAAUCUUAUAGAUUUAUGAACCUUUAGAUAUUACCAUGUAUUAUUAGAUCUUCAUUCUCGGGAAACUCUUAUGUGGCAUAAGUCUUUUAUGCUUAAAAUCAA